UAAUGAAUUUUCUUUGCGCGUCUGUUUUGUGCCAGGCACUGUGCUGGGCCUCAUUUCUUCUUCCGACCUCUUUUUGGGUGGAAGAACAAAUUAGCCAUCUCCACUCCCCAGAGAGGGAAAGAGCCUCCCACUGUCUGACCUCAAAUAACACUAACAGCGCCCCGCUGUUGGGCCUAGACUAUGGCCAGGCGCUGGGCUGAGCGUUUUGCCAGCAUCAUAUCAGUACAUCCUCACAACGAAGCUAAAAGGGAUCAUAAUCUCCCCACUUUGCAGGCUUCGCGGAGGGCGGGGUAGCGCGACAAGGGGCCGUCGCGCAAGUGCAGCCCGGGCCUUUGCCGCAAACGGCGGGCCUCACCUGGGGCCGGAGACUCCCGCAGAAGCGCAACGACCCGCGGACCGAGCGAGCGCCGGCGUCCCUGCCCGCCCCUCCGACUCGCCACCCCGCCCCUACACUCGGGGCCUCUGCCGCCCCGCCCGCGGCGGGUGGGCGCUUCCCUCCACUCCCCGCGACACUUUGCAGACGCUCCCCGGCGCCGGGCAUGGGCGCCGCCGCCGUCGGUCCCCUGGCCGGAUUCCGCGCGCGGUGCCCCUGAGGCGCUUAGCUGCCCGGGUCCGCCGGAGGUCGCGCCAUGAAUGACCGAAACAGCCGGAGGAGGACACUGAAGAAAGACGAUGAGGCCUUCGAGAUCUCCAUCCCCUUCGAUGAGACGCCCCACCUAGACCCACAGAUCUUUUACAGUCUGAGCCCCUCUCAGGGAAACUUCGAGGAGCCUCCGGAAGCCGCGUCCCCAACUGUGGCCCUGAUGAAUGGGGUCAGGGCCCAGCUGCAUAUGGCCCUGGAAAGGAACUCCUGGCUACAGAAACGCAUCGAGGACCUGGAGGAAGAGAGGGAUUUCUUGCGUUGUCAGCUGGACAAGUUUAUCUCAUCUGCCCGCAUGGAUGCAGAGGACCACUGCCGGGUGAAGCCUGGGCCCAGGCGGGCUGAAGGGGAUGGCCGGGGUGGGGCUGGGGGUGAGGCCUCAGACCCUGAGUCUGCGGCCUCCUCGCUCAGCGGAGCAUCUGAAGAAGGCAGUGCCGUGGAGAGGAAGAGGCAGAAGCAGAAGGGAAGUGCUGGCCGGAGGCGCUUCGGGAAGCCCAAGGCCCGGGAGAGGCAGCGGGUAAAGGAUGCAGACGGUGUCCUUUGCCGAUACAAGAAGAUCCUGGGCACCUUCCAGAAGCUGAAGAGCAUGUCUCGGGCCUUCGAGCACCACCGGGUAGAUCGCAACACGGUGGCGCUGACCACACCCAUCGCAGAGCUUCUCAUCGUAGCCCCCGAGAAGCUGGCUGAGGUGGGCGAGUUCGACCCCUCCAAGGAGCGCCUGCUCGAGUACUCGCGCCGCUGCUUCCUGGCCCUGGACGACGAAACCCUUAAGAAGGUGCAGGCCCUCAAGAAGAGCAAGCUGCUGCUUCCCAUCACCUACCGCUUCAAGCGGUGAUUCUGCCCCACCUGGCCCGGGACACGCCCUUCGGCCCCCACGUCCCUCCCUCCUCUGCCCCUCGUGGCAGUUGCAAGCUUGUGCAUGAGUGGUGUGCUCCUCCAGAGGGCCUGGGGGGUGGGCGGCGUGUUUCUGCGUUCGCCUCCCCUCGUCCUGCAGAUCCCCACUCCUGCCCCGGGUCCCUUGUAUAUAGAUCUGACUCCCUCCUUGCCUCUCACGUUCCUAGCAUCCUCCCCUUCCUCUGCAUCCCCUGGGGAGGAGUUCCAGUUAGCCAGUCUCCCAAGAGCUACUGCCCAGGGGGUCGGUGUCUGCGCUUUCCUGAACGUGGGCACUCCUCCCCCGUGAGCUGCACCGUCCUGCCCUCACCGGGCCCUUCCUCGUGGAGGAGGGGGUGGGAGGACUGCGAGACUCUCUGCGGGGCCGGGCCCUGUACAUACCCCGUGUCAACCCUCAGACCCGAGGAGAGGCUGGCCCACUCUGCCAGGAGCUCCCCAUCCGCAUCCCGGACUGCCCCGAGUCUACGUGAGAAAGAAUUAUUCAGAGAAUUUAAAUUAAAGAGAGAAGAUAAAAUUUGGAA